UAUUCCACUAACGAUUAUUAUUAAAACUCAAUAAUUGAGCUCGCCGAUCACGACACGUCCAUCUCCCACGUGAAAGCUUCAAACCGUUUAGCAAAGCAACAUUCACCAAGCCAACCGAUCGAUGCCUCAUCACGAUUGUCGCCGCGCAAUUAAAAACACGUUUUGUCUUCUUUGCCCACGAAAAAAAAAACAGUCACUAUAAUAAUGCGGCGAAGAUCAGCCUUAAGACGCGCGUGAUGAGUCCCCGGAACGUUUAAGAUGACAUCAUGUUUUGAAUACAAAACGUGUGGUUGAGAAUGGGUAACGCGCUGUGUAAGGAGCCUCGAUCGGGCUCGUCACCACCCGGCACCGGUAACGCAUUCAGCAACUUUAGCAGCAUCAUCUGCCCGAACGGACUGGGCAAAGGCAAGACCCAUCCGAUGCGAAAGACUUACUUCUCGCGAAGCGCAGUUGAUGCUUCGAAGAAGACCACCUCGGCCACCGGGUGGCAGAGUGUCGGACUGCACGUACCGGACGGUUCCGGCCGUCAGCAGAAAGUGAUCGACACACCACCGGUUGCACCACCGCGCAAAAAACGUGGCGCCACCUUGGACGGGCGCUACCGAUCCGAUGAAGCGCUGAAGGUGAAGAACGGAUUUCAGGACGUUUUUGGGCGUGAAAGUCGUCGUCACUCGUGUGACGUUCCGUCCGUCACACGACCGGCUAGUGUGCCACCGCCACGACCCGAUGUAGCAGGGCUUCCAGCUCGCCAAACGUCCUGCUUCGAGAUCGAUGCGAGCAACGAUGCGUUCAGUGAUUUCUCCAAAGUUCCCACUACGGCCGAACUGGAAAGAACACCCUCGACCUCACAGAUUCCAAGGGUGGGAAAUCGAAAGUCGGACAAAUUCUUCGGUGAACGGCUAGCUGAUUCACUGUCCCCCGACCAAGAGAACGCCCGGGAUGAGCAAAGGAAGCCGAAAAAGGAUAGAUCGAACUCCAGCUUGGUGCGGAAUGAUGUGGAUAAGAUAGAGAAAUUCGUUGAGCAUAGGGAAACGACGACGGAGAUGCGUCAGAAAAGUACGCCCGAAAAACAGCCGGAACAGCCGCGCGAGUCCGCAGCGCCUUCACCAAGCGCGAACAAGACGGAAGGUGAAGAUUUGAUGAAGUACAUCGAUCGCACAGUAAAGGGCGACAACCAGAUCGGACGGCGUGCCGAAUUUCUAAUGGCAAUGCUGGAGGACUACAACGACAGCGUACGGUACGAAGGUAUGGCACCGGUCGAGGAACCGCUGAUCGUACCGAAACGUCGUAAGAGCAAGCACAUCUGCGACGAUCACGAUCAUAUGCACCACAAGCUGCAGGCGCACGAGCGAGAUGCCUCGGCCGGGGGGAAUGUCAUCCGCACGGAAGUCUCCAUAGAACACGCGCCACGAAAACCGAGCCGAGACUUCUCACGCUACAAACCGAUCGAUGUCGACCCCUCGUCCGGUGGAUCGGAUGGCGAGCAGGGCAGUAUCGUACGGCCGGUCCGUACCAAGCAGAAGACAAAGUCACGCGAAUCACCAUCGCCCGUACCGCCACCAGAUCCACCCCGGUUUAAGAAGAGCCUUUCCGAGACACAAUUUGCCGCAACGUCAACACCCCUACAACCGCCGAAGGAUGAGGCAGAACCGAAGGCACACACACCACGCAUGCUGAAGCGCAUCAUAUCCAUGCCAACGACCGAAAAUCUUGCCAAAGAGCCGUUAGCCCGUCCCGACACUCCCCAGCGUCCGAUACUGACCAAAAGUUCCAGCUCGGGAUCAUUCUCUGCCGUUGACCUGCAGCGUACCCGGAUCUGCGUGGAACGGUUCACACCGGAGGAUUACGCGCAUCGUUCGUCCGGUGCUGAUGAGCUGGUCAAACCAAAGUCUAAACUGACGACACGUAAGAUUUCGUGGAAAUCGAACGAACCGCCUGUCUGCCAGACUCCGACACCUACCGCGGAACGUCCUACCGGUGCCAGCUUUACGAUCGGCGGUACAACCGUAGUCACAUCCGAUUCCCCAUCACAGCUCGCUCCUCCAGAGGUGCCUAAACGCAAGCACUCGGAUGCCUCGACUGGGGCAGAAUCUACCGGACCGGAGAAGCAAGUGGUCACGAACGCUGUGUCCACCCCACCGGUAGAAGAUCCGGAAGAUAGAGGUCUACGACAGUUCUGUUUAGGAUCGUUCAUUGAAUCUAGCAGAGUGUUACCACAUCACGAUGUGGUCAAUGUGCUUGGCUGCGUGUACGAUGCUACGGACAACAAGGAGAACAUCGUCGAACAGUUCCAGACAUUCCUGGAGGAGGCACUCAGUGCCGAGCUGAACGAACCGAACCCCUCCAAUCCGAACAUCUCCAAGCUGCUCGAGAAACUGUCCCAAACCAGUUCCGACGGUGACAAGCAGCUGGAAAAUGUGACACUCAAACUGGUUAGCUCCAGCCACUCCUCCUCGUCCGACAUGGACGAUUGUUUCGAUCCGGAGUUUGAGAAGAUAGAAAAAUCGGAAGUCGUCGGCGAGCUGCCAAAGAUUGACCAUAGUCUCAAGCACGGUGGUGGACGGCGUCGGGAUAGCAUUGAGUAUAUGAGCGAUUGGUUUGGGGGAGAAUCGGACGGAUCCACCACCAUGCUGUCCUCUGUCGGGGUCGAUGAGGUGAAGGCUAGUGAUCGAAUGCCAGCAAAGCCACCGAUGCUGGGUGCAUCGCCAUACGGGGGGCGUAAGGAAAGCAUCGAGGACGUUGGCAGCUGGUUCUCCAAUCACAACGUACUGCGGCCAUCGUUUGGAGAGGAGUUUGAGGAACCAAGCCGUCGGUUACGCCGCGGAUCCGAUGGUUUUCUCGGGUACGACCUCCAGCGCCAGUAUCCGUUCGGGAAGGGCCGUGAGCGAUCCGACUCACUGUCGGCCGAAAUGUUCGAGGGCAUAACGAAACUGCAAGAGCAACGAUCCGACCAGCAGGCGGAACCAUCCCCAUUUCCGCACCAUCCCCAGCGUAAGAAAGUGCUGGAGCAUCGUAACAGUUCCGAUGCACUGCUGAUGAAAGUACUAACACGCUCGAAUCGUGCACAGCAUCACAACUCUGAGCAGCAGAAGCAACCGGAAGAACCUAAACCGGUUGAAGCUGUGGAUGAAGGUAAUCCGCUGUUGAAUGUCACAAGCAAGCACAAUAGCACCGAAAGUGAUCCGGUGCAGGAAGCUUCCAAAGCAACGAUUAAAGAUGGCGAAUCAUCACCCGCACCAAUGGAAUCCAAUGAGCACGAGCACAGUGAACAUUCCACGCUGCUAAAGUUCCUUUCGAAGGAGAAACUGAUUGAGUGAAGUGUUCUAGUUCUUCCCGGUGCGAACCACCGUUCCACAUUAGUCAGUAUUAUAAUUGUUACCGCACCGCUAGCACCGGUCGCUUUAGCAUACGAAGACGGGAACUGUUCGCUUGUCGCACUAUGCAGAUAUUCUUUAACAAACAUCCAGCUUGCCUUCUUGUUUUAGUGAUAGAAUAAACCAUGUUGAAACAAAUCGA